AUGAGGAGCAUUGCGGAGUACAACACCAUCCUCAUCAGCACCCGAGACACCAGGAGUGGGCGUCAGCUCUACAGCUAUCGCGACAGAAGAGACAGCAGGCCCUGCAGUCUGUUCCGGAGCUUUAACCUUGGAUUUCUCCCUGGCAUGAGGUUCUCCCCACUCAGUGACGCACCCACUGAGAAUCCUGUUGAAAGUGUCCUAGUUAUUGGCGAUUCUAUUACACGGAACGUGAAAAUAGAGACACCAGCCACCAUAGUCACAUGUUUGCCGGGGGCCAGAGCACCUGACGUCAAAGCAAAUUUAAAAAUGCUGGCUAAUGCUAAACGUAAAUAUUCUAAAAUCAUUAUCCACGUCGGCACAAAUGAUGUUCGACUUCGCCAGUCGGAGAUCACUAAAAUUAACAUUAAAGAGGUGUGUGAACUCGCAAAUUCAAUGUCAGCAGAAGUAAUUUGUUCUGGCCCUCUUCCUGUUUGUCGGAGUGAUGAGAUAGUUAGCAGGUUAUCAUCACUCAAUGGCUGGCUGUCUAAGUGGUGUCCGCAGAAUAAUAUAGGUUUCAUAGACAAUUGGAAAAGCUUUUGGGGCAGACCUGAUCUGUUGAAAAGAGAUGGUAUUCAUCCCUCCCGGGAUGGUGCUGCUCUUCUAUCUAGA